AUGGCGAAAAAAUGAAAAGUAGACAAAGAGUAUCGACAGUUUCAAGAGAGGUGGGAAGCUGAAUACCUGUUUUGUGAAUUAAAACAAAAGCCAGUGUGUCUCGUAUGUCAAGAGUCGCUGGCAGUGCUCAAAGAGUACAACAUCCGCAGACCCUUCGAAACGAAGCACGGCGAGCAAUAUGCUAACAUGGACAUGGAGCAACGGCUGCAGAAAGCCAAAGACUUGAAACGCAACCUUCAACAUCAGCAAAGCAUGUUCACUCGCAUCAGUAGUGAAAGUGAGGGUGCUACCAAGGCAAGUUUUAUCAUUGCAGAGGAAAUCGCAAAGGCUAGCAAGCCAUUUAGCGAGGGAGAGUUUAUUAAAGACUGCCUUGAAAAAGUGUGCAACGUUGUGGGCCCUGACAAGAAGCAGGCAUUUUCAAACAUCAGCCUGUCCCGAAAUACUGUGGCUAGUCGUGUUGAUGAACUGGCCUCCGAUGUAGAGAGCCAGCUAAAAGCAAAAGCCAAGGACUUUGUUUCAUACUCACUAGCGGUAGAUGAGAGUACAGACAGGACGGACACAGCCCAGCUGUCCAUAUUAAUCCGAGGGGUUGACACUCAGUUGUCAAUCACUGAGGAACUUUUAGACGUGAAACCGAUUCACGGGACAACAACUGGACAGGACAUUUUCACCCAAGUGGAGCAGAGCGUGAACAAAAUGGAACUGCCCUGGAAUAAACUUGUUGGACUGACAACGGAUGGUGCACCGGCUAUGUGCGGGGAAGUUCGUGGUUUGGUCUGUUUGACUCGAAAGGCGAUGGGGCACACAGGAGAAAACUUGGUAGCCUACCACUGCAUCAUCCACCAGGAAGCCCUCUGCGGUAAGGUGUUGGGCAUGGAACAUGUCAUGACUGUUGUGACUAAAACUGUGAAAUUUAUUUGUGCACAGGGCUUGAAUCAUCGGCAGUUUAGGGCUCUUUUAGAGGAGGAAAACUCUGUGCAUGAGGAUGUGCCCUAUCACAAGGAGGUGCGCUGGUUGAGUCGGGGGAAAGUGCUGAGGAGGUUUUACGACACCCGCGCUGAGAUCGCUUGUUUCAUGGAAAGCAAACAGAAGGCCGUCCCCGAGCUUGAGGAUGAAAAGUGGCUGAGCGACUUGGCGUUUAUGUUUGACAUCACGGAGCACCUCAGUUCACUGAAUCUGAAACUCCAGGGAAGAAAGCAGCUGAUCACCGAGAUGCAGGACUCUGUGAAUGCAUUUGAAUUGAAACUGUGUCUGUGGGAGGGCCAGAUGCGCAAAGGUAACUUGACCCACUUUCCUACCUGUCAAUCAAUGAGCGCCACAGUCACCAUUCCACUCCCGACCCAAGUGUAUGCUGACAAACUGAACACACUCAAAGCGGAAUUCAGCAGGAGGUUCGCUGAUUUUGAAUCACAGAAAUUCAACCUUGACCUGUUCGCAAAUCCUUUUGCAACUGAUGUCGACACUGCCCCUGAGCACCUGCAAUUGGAACUCAUUGAACUGCAAUGUAGCAGCGCUCUGAAGUUCCAGUACCAGUCAGUCGGGGCUGCUGAGUUUGCACCUCUCGUCCCCGAAUCAAUGCCAGAGCUCUGUCUUCAUGCUGCAUGCAUCAUGUCCAUAUUCGGAAGCACUUACUCGUGCGAACAGAUAUUCUCCAUAAUGAACCUGAACAAGACAUCCCACAGAUCCCGACUCACUAACCAGCAUUUGGUCUCGGUAUUGAAACUGGCCACAGCCAAGGACAUUAAGCCUACAAUAGACGAGAUCAUCUCUAAGGUGCAGAGUGUCUGGUAA